AUCGUCACUGGUUCGUCCGAUAAGACCGUUCGGCUGUGGGAUGCAGGAACGGGGGAGCCAGUCGGUGAGCCCUUGCGGGGGCACACUUUUUGGGUAACGUCGGUCUCAUUCUCGCCGGACGGUACUCGCAUCGUCACUGGUUCGUCCGAUAAGACUGUUCGGUUGUGGGAUGCAGGGACGGGGGAGCCAAUCGGCGAGCCCUUGCGGGGGCACACUAAUUCAGUUUGGUCGGUCUCGUUCUCGCCGGACGGCACCCGCAUCGUCACUGGUUCGGACGAUAAGACUAUUCGGCUGUGGGAUGCGGUGAUGAGCCAGCCGUCGCAAUAUUGCGCUGUGUCAGAUCCUUCAACCUUAUCAAAUGAACAUCGCGUCAUGCAUCCCAUCGAGUCCACUACUCCCAUGACAUCGAAUACUUGGAACAAUCAUUUCAUUUGCUUCUCGCCUAACUCCAUCCAUGCAUUGCGCAACCCUUCCGAAUUAACGGAUAGAACAUCCCAUAAUGACCACAGUUCGAACCCCUUUGUCCUGAAUGUUAACAGUGGAUGGGUGGCAGGACCCAAACAUCAACUCUUGUUCUGGGUACCACCUGCUUCUCGGCACCCGUUCUAUAACCCUGUGACUACAUUAGUGAUACCAAGAGGAUGUCCCGAGCUUGAUUUGAGCCGCAUGGCACAUGGACAGCAUUGGCAAAAGUGCCGAGAGGAACCAUAGUACCAACGAUGCUGCAGCAAUGGAAAUUUCACAUAGAAUUAGACGUGAAUGAGUGUACAGUGGAUCAUACUUCGUGUUCUAUUCCAUACCCAGGCAAUUUAGGAUUGCCCAUGUGAACGACGCGAGCUGACGGUAUGGCACUCAUGAGGUUAGAGCUGGUUUGUGAGGGCACAUAACGACG